GGGAAGGAGCAGCAAAUCUGAAGACAUCCCUGCCCUAUGGAGCUGACACCCUGAGGAAGUGACAUAUGAGAUUCCCAGUGGAAAUCCACUGUAUGAAUCUUACUAUAAGCAGGUGGAUCCUGCGUACACAGGGAGAGUUGGGGCGAGCGAGGCUGCACUUUUUCUAAAGAAGUCGGGACUCUCAGACAUCAUCCUUGGGAAGAUUUGGGACUUGGCUGACCCAGAAGGUAAAGGGUUCUUGGACAAACAGGGUUUCUAUGUUGCACUGAGACUGGUGGCCUGUGCACAGAGUGGCCAUGAAGUCACCUUGAGCAAUCUGAGUCUAAGCAUGCCGCCGCCUAAAUUCCAUGAUACCAGUAGCCCUCUGAUGGUCACGCCACCUUCUGCAGAGGCCCCCUGGGCUGUGAGGGUGGAAGAAAAGGCGAAAUUUGAUGGCAUUUUUGAAAGCCUGUUACCCAUCAAUGGUUUGCUGUCUGGAGACAAGGUCAAACCAGUCCUCAUGAACUCAAAGCUACCUCUUGAUGUCCUGGGAAGGGUCUGGGACCUCAGUGACAUCGACAAGGACGGACAGCUGGACCGGGACGAGUUUGCUGUGGCCAUGCACUUGGUGUACCGGGCCCUUGAGAAGGAGCCAGUGCCCUCUGUCUUGCCCCCGUCACUCAUCCCACCCUCCAAGAGAAAGAAGACGGUGUUCCCCGGUGCCGUGCCCGUCCUGCCCGCCAGCCCCCCACCCAAAGACAGCCUUCGCUCCACACCCUCCCACGGCAGUGUCAGCAGCCUGAACAGCACAGGGAGCUUGUCUCCCAAGCACAGCAUCAAGCAGACACAGCCAACAGUGACCUGGGUGGUGCCGGUGGCGGACAAAAUGCGAUUCGAUGAGAUCUUCCUCAAGACCGACCUGGACCUGGAUGGCUAUGUGAGUGGCCAGGAGGUGAAGGAGAUCUUCAUGCACUCGGGCCUCACCCAGAACCUUCUAGCACACAUAUGGGCCCUGGCCGAUACAAGGCAAACUGGGAAGUUAAGCAAAGACCAGUUCGCGUUAGCUAUGUAUUUCAUUCAGCAGAAGGUCAGUAAAGGCAUCGACCCCCCUCAAGUCCUCUCGCCAGACAUGGUCCCACCCUCCGAGAGAGGCACUCCAAUACCGGACAGUUCAAGUUCUCUUGGAUCUGGGGAGUUCACUGGUGUGAAAGAACUUGAUGACAUUAGCCAAGAAAUCGCCCAGUUACAAAGAGAGAAAUACUCACUGGAACAAGACAUCAGAGAAAAGGAAGAGGCAAUCAGACAGAAAACCAAUGAAGUGCAGGAAUUACAAAACGACCUAGACCGGGAAACAAGCAGUCUGCAAGAGCUAGAAGCUCAGAAACAGGAUGCCCAAGACCGCCUGGAUGAGAUGGACCAGCAGAAGGCCAAACUCCGAGACAUGCUGAGCGACGUCAGGCAGAAGUGUCAGGAUGAGACCCAGAUGAUCUCAUCCUUAAAAACCCAAAUCCAAUCUCAGGAAUCUGACUUGAAGUCCCAGGAGGAUGAUCUGAACCGGGCCAAGUCCGAGUUGAAUCGGUUGCAGCAGGAGGAAACCCAGCUGGAGCAGAGCAUUCAGGCUGGACGCGUGCAGCUGGAGACCAUCAUCAAGUCUCUGAAGUCCACACAAGACGAGAUCAACCAGGCACGAAGCAAGCUUUCCCAGCUGCACGAGAGCCGCCUGGACGCCCACCGGAGCCUCGAGCAGCAGGAGCAGGCGCUGGGCGGAGCCCGUGGCGCCAGCCUCACCGACCUGGCCACCCUCAGUGACGGCGUCUCCCUGGCAGAGAGGGGCAGUUUUGGAGCCAUGGACGACCCUUUCAAAAAUAAAACCUUGUUAUUUAGCAACAACACGCAAGAACUGCAUCCGGACCCUUUCCAGGCAGAGGACCCCUUCAAAUCUGACCCAUUUAAAGGAGCUGACCCCUUCAAAGGUGACCCGUUCCAGAAUGACCCCUUUGCUGAACAACAGACUGCGUCAACAGAUCCAUUUGGAGGAGAUCCUUUCAAAGAAAGCGACCCAUUCCGUGGCUCCACCACCGACGACUUCUUCAAGAAACAGACAAAGAACGACCCGUUUACCUCAGACCCAUUCACGAAAAACCCUUCCUUACCUUCGAAGCUGGACCCCUUUGAAUCCAGUGACCCCUUUUCAUCCUCCAGCGUCUCCUCUAAAGGAUCAGAUCCCUUUGGAACCUUAGACCCUUUCGGAAGUGGGUCCUUCAAUAGUGCUGAGGGCUUCGCUGACUUCAGCCAGAUGUCCCAGCCCCCAACUUCUGGCCCUUUCACCUCCUCCUUGGGAGGGGCAGGAUUCUCAGAUGACCCCUUUAAAAGUAAACAGGACACUCCUGCUCUGCCUCCGAAGAAGCCUGCUCCUCCUCGGCCUAAACCGCCCAGCGAAGCAAUGGCUGAACAGAGAAAUUCUGCAUUGUACAUGCUGCUGGGUGGUAAAAGUACACCUGUAAGCCAGCUUGGUUCUGCAGACUUCCCUGAGCCCCCCGAUCCAUUCCAGCCACUCGGGGCUGACAGCGGCGACCCCUUCCAAAAUAAAAAGGGGUUUGGGGACCCGUUUAGUGGAAAAGAUCCAUUUGUCCCCUCCUCUUCAGCUAAGCCUUCUAAGGCCUCUUCCUCGGGCUUUGCGGACUUCACCUCUUUCGGCAAUGAAGAGCAGCAGCUGGCAUGGGCCAAGCGGGAGAGCGAGAAGGCCGAGCAGGAGAGGCUGGCGCGGCUGCGGCGACAGGAACAGGAGGACCUGGAGCUGGCCAUCGCGCUCAGUAAGGCCGACAUGCCGGCCGCCUAGGCAAGGACGCACAGGCGGGACAGGGCGCGGGCAGGCUCACCAGGGGAAACCAUAGACGUCUCUAUACACUCACACUCAGAGCGGUCCCUGCUUCACGUUGUGACAUGCCACAGCCAUCCUAAGUCAAGGAACAGUUGGACAGAGGCCCUCCGACCCUAGGGAGCUUGCUCAGGGCGAGCAGACGCAGCUCACCCCUGUGGGCAGGAAACAUGCCCCAGGUGGCGAGGCCUGGAGGCUGCGGGCCGGACCCUCCGCUGUGCCAUCCCCAGUGGGGCGACGGGUCCAGCUUCGCCGUCAGCACCCGCACGGGCUGGCCGAGGCGAGGAAGCCAGGGGCCUCCCUGCUCCUCGCCUGCUCCCGGCUGCAGACAAGCCCCGCCCAUCGCCCGGGAGCCCCGCCUCAGCCCCUCCCCGCAUCAGUGAGACCCCCCCACGAUGUAUGCAUUCGUUGUAUAAAAAUGAAGUUUGAAUGAUUAAUAUAAAAUAUUUUAAUACAAAAGACA